UCGACAGCCCCGCGCACCCACGGGGUGGAGGAGAAGGGGGCCAGCCGGCUGCAGGAAUUCAGCGUGGGGGGCUGGGACUGUCAGUAGAGGAAUUUCCCCUCUUUGAGACGACUGGGGACCCCUCCACCCCACCUUUCACUGUGCCUCUUAAAGGGAUCCCAGCAUUUUCCCUUUGACUCCAUGGAAGCCAGACUCGGGAUGCUCGCUGGAGGCUUUGAAUCUUGCCUUCCCGCUCCCUUCCCCGCUGGCCGCCUUCCUCUGGCUGACUGAGGGGCCUCCCAGGCAUGGCACUGACCAACCGACCCAGUGCUGACUUGGCUCCUGGGCUCGCUCAGCCUCUGGUGGCAUCUUGCUUUCCCCCUGCUGGGGUGCGGCGGUGGUGAGUGGGGGGCCCAGCCUGAGCAAGCUUCGAGAGGGCGGCUGGCACCCCGCCGCCGUCCACCCCCAAGCUGGAGGGCAGUCCGGGUGUCAGGGGCUAUGAUGAGAUGAGCGGCGGCCGCUUUGACUUCGACGACGGCGGGGCGUACUGCGGGGGCUGGGAGAAUGGGAAGGCCCACGGGCACGGGCUGUGCACCGGCCCCAAGGGCCAGGGCGAGUACUCGGGCUCCUGGAACUUUGGCUUCGAAGUGGCCGGCGUCUACACCUGGCCCAGCGGCAACACCUUCGAGGGAUACUGGAGCCAGGGCAAACGGCACGGGCUGGGCAUAGAGACCAAGGGACGCUGGCUCUACAAGGGCGAGUGGACGCACGGCUUCAAGGGACGCUACGGCACCCGGCAGAGCAGCAGCAGCGGCGCCAAGUACGAGGGCACCUGGAGCAACGGCCUGCAGGACGGCUAUGGCACCGAGACCUACGCAGACGGGGGGACUUACCAAGGCCAGUUCACCAACGGCAUGCGCCACGGCUACGGCGUGCGCCAGAGCGUGCCCUACGGGAUGGCCGUGGUGGUGCGCUCGCCGCUGCGCACGUCGCUGUCGUCCCUGCGCAGCGAGCACAGCAACGGCACGGUGGCCCCGGACUCGCCCGCCUCGCCGGCCUCCGACGGCCCGCCGCUGCCGUCGCCCGCCAUCCCGCGCGGCGGCUUCGCGCUCAGCCUGCUGGCCAACGCCGAGGCGGCGGCGCGGGCGGCCCGGGGCGGCCUGUUCCAGCGCGGCGCGCUGCUGGGCAAGCUGCGGCGGGCGGAGUCGCGCACGUCCCUGGGCAGCCAGCGCAGCCGCGUCAGCUUCCUCAAGAGCGACCUCAGCUCGGGCGCCAGCGACGCGGCCUCCACCGCCAGCCUGGGCGAGGGCGGCGAGGUGGCCGACGAGGCCGCGCCCUUCGAGGCCGACAUCGACGCCACCACCACGGAGACCUACAUGGGCGAGUGGAAGAACGACAAGCGCUCGGGCUUCGGCGUCAGCGAGCGCUCCAGCGGCCUCCGCUACGAGGGCGAGUGGCUGGACAACCUGCGCCACGGCUACGGCUGCACCACGCUGCCCGACGGCCACCGCGAGGAGGGCAAGUACCGCCACAACGUGCUGGUCAAGGGCACCAAGCGCCGCAUGCUGCCGCUCAAGAGCAACAAGGUCCGCCAGAAGGUGGAGCACAGUAUGGAGGGUGCCCAGCGCGCCGCCGCCAUAGCGCGCCAGAAGGCCGAGAUCGCCGCCUCCAGGACAAGCCAUGCCAAGGCCAAAGCUGAGGCUUCGGAACAGGCUGCCCUGGCUGCCAACCAAGAGUCCAACAUUGCCCGCAGUUUGGCCAGGGAGCUGGCUCCAGACUUCUACCAGCCAGGUCCGGAGUAUCAGAAGCGCCGGCUGCUGCAGGAGAUCCUGGAGAACUCGGAGAGCCUGCUGGCGCCCCCCGACCGGGGUGCGGGCGCCGCUGGCCUCCCGGAGCGGCCCCGCGAGAGCCCGCAGCUGCACGAGCGCGAGACCCCGCGGCCCGAAGGUGGCCCCCCGUCGCCAGCCGGGACACCCCCGCAGCCCAAGCGGCCCCGCCCAGGGCCGGCCAAGGACGGCCUGCUGAGCCCAGGCUCCUGGAACGGCGAGUCGGGCACCGAGGGCAGCCGGCCGGCCACGCCGUCUGGCGGCCGCCGCAGCCCAGCGCGGCCGGCCACCGAGCACAUGGCCAUCGAGGCGCUGCAGGUGCCGCCCGCGCCGUCGCGGGAGCCGGAGGUGGCGCUGUACCAGGGGUACCACAGCUACGCGGUGCGCACGGUUCCCUCCACGCCGCCGCCCAGCGAGGAAGAGCCCUUGCCCGAGGCCUCCGGGUCUGACUCCGCGCCCCCGUCCCCGGCCACUGCCCCAGUGCAGGUCCCCAUGCUUCCGGCCCCGGAGCCCGCUCCCGAGCCCCCCGCCAAGCUGGAGCCCAAGCCCAUUGUCCCCAAAGCCGAGCCCAAGGCCAAGGCCCGCAAGACUGAGGCCCGAGGGCUGACCAAGGCUGGGGCCAAGAAGAAGACUCGGAAGGAGGCAGCGCUGGCGGCAGGGGCCGAGGUGGAAGUGGAGGAGGUCCCCAACACUGUCCUCAUCUGCAUGGUGAUCCUGCUUAACAUCGGCCUGGCCAUCCUCUUCGUUCACCUCCUGACCUGAGCCUGUCUGCCAGAACCAGGAGUUCCUGCUGUGGACUCGAAGACCCGUCUUUCUGCAGUGCUGGGCAGGGUGGCCAAGGAGGACUGGCCUCUGGACCUGGAGCUCUGGGUCUCAGCUCACACCCACGCUGCAAACCUUUAAGGAGGCCUCCCAUGGCGCCCUUGCUGGGUGGCGGAGGUGCCAAAAGGGAUAGAAUGUGCUGGAAACCCUCCUGGAGUUUUACCCAGGGGCGGGGAAAGCCCUGACCUACUCCUGUCCUUCAUCCUCAACCACUCUCUCACCUCGUCCCUUGUUGCUCCCUCCCUGGGCUUUUGUGUGUUUUUGGAGAAGUCACCAAACCAGAAUAAUAAUAUUAAAUCCCAGUCCCCUUCCUGCUACCCCCUCCCGCUUUAUUUUAACCUCUGGCUGCCGGGCUGGCAGAUCCCUGCUGUGGGCAAGGGAGACGCCCUCAGAUAGGCAGAGGGCCUUUCACUGCCUUGACCCAGCACACACGCUGGCCCCUGCCUACAGGUGUCUGGAUGACAGUAGAGGACAUGAGCAUGCUCGGAUUGAAUAUCCCAGGAUGCAGUGCUCCUGUCUCCUCCCACCUGUCCAGCUAGCUUCCCUUCUGGACCAAUAGAAGAGGAGACGGGAGGGAUUGGAGCCUUUGGCUAGGAAGCCACUGACCAGGUGGCCAGGGGGUGGGGGUGGGAAGAAGGGCCAAGGGGAGUUACCCGGUGUUUGCGUGUGCCUGAGCCUGAGGCUGGCAUUGCAUUUAGGGUUUCAGGUGUGCUCAGGGUGCCGCGGGGUCACUGUGCAGGAGCCCUGGGGCUGGCAAGAUAAAGCUACUGUGAUGCCCUGUGAGUGGUUUGGCUGCUUCCCCGACCAGGGCCCACCGCAGGCUCAGGGGACAUUGAGCAUGGAAGCCCGUGGAAGCCCAGGCAGAUUUCCCCAGGGCAGACGUUCAGGCAGGGGCUGAAGACAGGCUGCUUGUCAACAGGCUGCUUGUUUCCCAGGGAGAGAGGAGCGAGCCCCGGGCUCCCACCCAGUGCAGGCUGUGUGAUCUAAGCCCCUUGGCUUGCAUGGCAGAAGUCUGCAUACAGCUCAUCACGUGUUUGUACCGCACUGAGUCCUGGGCCCUUGUGCUGGCUGGGUGGGUGGAAGCUGCAGGUGGGUAGAAGCUGCUUCUGGGAGGAUGGAGAGAACGCUCCAGGCCCCUCCAGGCUGGGGAAGGACGUGACAGUGACAUCCUCGGAGUUGUGGCCUGGCCUUCCCAGGCCAGCUCUGCGACCUGAAGUUUGCUUCUGCUGGGGUCUGCUUUCCCUUCCCCCUCGAUACUUGGACCUUCUGUCCACUUCACACCUGCUGCUUCAGGCCUGCUCGGGCCUCGGGCCUGGCUGGAAUCACGGACUGCAUUUCUGCGGAGAGAAGCCUGCGGAUGCUCCCAUCCUCCACUGGCCCGGGCCCUGCUCUGCAUCCGUGUUUGGGCUUUCCUGGACUCCUAGGGAAUGAGGGGGCGGGUUCGGGGCACUGCUCAGGGCCGACAGGCCCCCGCCUUGGCUCUGGGGUCACUGUCCAGGUUUCUUGGCGUAGCCCAUGGCUGUCAGCUCCCGGGCCUGGUUUGGGGGCUGGUGUUUGGGGCGAGGGUUCAGGAUGCUGCAGUCUGUGCAACAAUAAACCUGC